GGAAGCACAUGAGCUACCUGCACUAGAGAGCGGCUCAUUGAGUACAGUGCAGCCACAGAAACGUUGGUAGACAGCCGCUUACGUCUUUAUGAAUCUCAACUAUUGAUAGAAGUAGUGGGGCGAGUAAAUGGAGCUAGGAGAUGAAAUGGGACUGUGAGGAAUUUAAGCUGAUAACAGAUCCCAGGACUCCCAGCAGAAACAAUCACACAGAAUGACAGCAUGUCUUUUAGGUAAAAGUUCAGGGAGAUGGAGUAAGGGAUGGUGCUCUUCAGCCACAAAGAGUCUUUCAUCUAAUCAUGCACUUAAACAUCUGGUUCCAGUCUUUUGCCUGUUGGUAGUGAUAUAUGGCCUGGCUGAUAAACUCAGAAACUUUGUGGCUAGCAUCUUCUUCCCUCAGUAUCACUACCCCUAUGCAGUGGCUGUCUGCUUUGCACAGGUUCUGGUCUCCAUUGUAUUCUUAAAUCUCUUGCACCUCCUGAAUCUGGUGCCUCUGAACCAUUACUCCAGGUCCCUAGGUGAGAGGGUCUUGGUUCCCUCCAUCUGUAGCAGCAUCCAUGCUGUGCUAGCCACAUGGGCUAAAGCUAGCAGCAUCUAUGUCAGCCUCUUCCCGGUCACUCUAACUCUGCUCCCUGUAGUCACUGUGGGCUUCAGUUUUUGCCUGAAGCUGGCCCCUUCUCCACCUCUUCACUUCUCUCUUCUGAGUUCCCUCCUGUGUGGGACAUCUUUUGUCAUCACAGCCUUACAGAGUGUAGCAGGUUUUGCACCCCUGGCGUACAUGUAUGCACCUCUGGCUUUACUCCUCCACAGCCUCUCUCUCACGUGGCUGGCGAAAGUGUCGGAAACUGAGCGCCGCCUCCCUACUGAUUCCCAAGCCUCUGUUUUUGACAUUUACUACACCCAGCUGGUGAACCAGUUCUGGCUGCUGGGCCUCCUGUGGCUGAUUCACCCUAACAGCCCCUGGCAUGUGCUGAGUAGAAGCAGCUGGCACAGUUUGCUCUUUCAUGGAUACCUGCUCGCUAUCCUCUUGCUGGGGAUGGUGCUCAACUUCAUGGUCACUGUAUCGGCUAUGUGUGUGUCACCGCUCGCUGCUGCACUGCUCCACUCAGCGAGGCAGGUGGUGCAGCCAUACAUGCAGCUUUUGUAG